GAGUCUCUACAGUACUGCCUCCUUUUACACAACCUUAAGAAGACGGUAAGGAAUAUUUUCCAGCAUUUUACGUUUACUAGUUGACCACACGAACCGCACUGUGAAUUGCACAAACAGACCUUUUUCAUACCAACAGGUUGUACGGAGAAAGUGCUUGCACCACAGCAAACUCCACUAAGAAGAAGAAGAAGAAGAAGAAGAAGAAGAGCUUAAUUGAUUAGUUGAAGAACGAAUAUUUAUAUAUGGAAGGAGAUCAAAGAGGGGUUCCGAGUUAUGAAGUUCAGAUUUCGUUUUCGAGCACCCCAAACCCUCAACAAUCGAUCCACGAAAUGGGGUUUGUGCAGUUCGAAGAUCAUCAUCCUCAUCAUAAUCAGGUUUUGAGCUUCAUGGCCCCAUCGUCACAUAUACAGCAGCAGCAGCCUAACAAUUCUCAUCACCCUCAUCAUCAUCAGCCAGCUGAGCUCAGCAGCGGUGCCUCCGCCGCCACCACCACCACCAGCAACGGCGUUACCGUGGGGUUUAGUACUCAUACUGACCUACUUGUUGCAAGACCUUCUUGGAAUAUUAGUAACGACCAGGUGGGAACGUUGGAUCCAAAGGCUAUUAGUGAUGAAAAUGGGACUGGUAAUGCUAGUGAUUGCAGCAACUCAUGGUGGAGGAGCUCAAGCUCAGAGAAGAGCAAGAUGAAGGUGAGGAGAAAGCUUAGGGAGCCAAGAUUCUGUUUCCAAACCAGAAGUGAUGUGGAUGUGCUUGAUGAUGGUUACAAAUGGAGGAAAUAUGGCCAGAAAGUUGUCAAGAACAGCCUUCAUCCUAGAAGCUACUACCGCUGUACUCACAGUAACUGUCGGGUGAAGAAAAGGGUUGAACGACUGUCUGAAGAUUGUCGAAUGGUGAUAACAACCUAUGAAGGUAGACACAACCACUCCCCUUGCGAUGACUCUAAUUCCUCUGAACAUGAAUGCUUUAGCUCUUUCUAAUCAUAUAUAUAGCUCAUCAUCAGUUACAGAACAAAAGUAUAUUUUAGUACGUAAUAUUGUUGUAAUGAUUUACAAUAUUUAAUGUAUCCUUAUUAGCUUGUUCUGUACAAUCUUU